UCUUUCGACACGUUUCUCGGCCUGGCGGUAAAAUAGCCGAGUUCUCGUACAGGAACAUUGAGAAGUCAGAAUGGCAGCACAAACUAAUCCUUACACUAGUUCUAUCUCGACCACACAGAGUGAAUCAAGGAUGCAAAGUCAGCAGCCAACUAUUACUUACCGUGAAGAACAACCUGUAGUGAAGUACGAAAAUUUAACCCAACAACAACCGACUAACGGCGAACAACGAGUUAGUAAUCUGACUAACCAUCAAUGGGUUGUACAGGACCACUCAGGAGCUGUAGGUUGGCCUCCAAAUUCAAUGACCGUUCAAGAAGUCAAGCCAAUGCUAAGAGAAGACGGCUCACCAGUUGUAAUAACUACGGCGUCAGGUGCGACGCUCGUCCAUCAUCGGCCUGGUCACUCCGGAAUGAUGGAGCAGGUUCGCUGGUCGGCACCGACUGCAGGAUCGCCGGAUCACACACGUAUUCAUAUUAACGCUGCACUCCAGCCUAAUCCACCUACGACAGUAACCGUCUACCAGAGUGUAAAUGGUGCUAUGACUCUACCCGCCAGUUACGCUCCUUCGAGUCAAACCAUCCGAGAAAAUCCUUCGAUGCAAGAUACUCAACUUCAAGGUCAACACGAUAUUAUGGAAGGAGAUGAAGAAACUCCGACUUCAGAUGACCUGGAGCAAUUUGCUAAGCAAUUCAAGCAGCGACGAAUAAAACUGGGAUUUACACAAGCAGACGUAGGCCUUGCUCUAGGUACGUUGUAUGGGAAUGUUUUCAGUCAAACUACGAUCUGUCGUUUUGAAGCUUUGCAGUUGAGCUUUAAGAAUAUGUGCAAGCUAAAACCAUUACUGCAGAAAUGGUUGGAAGAAGCGGAUAAUAAUAAUGGCUCGACUGGAGUCAUGGAUAAGAUGGCAACCCAGGGAAGAAAGAGAAAAAAGCGAACAUCCAUAGAGGUAGCAGUCAAGGGAGCUCUGGAGAAUCAUUUUUGUAAAAAUGCCAAGCCAUCAGCUCAAGAAAUUACGCACUUGGCCGACAACUUAGGCCUUGACAAGGAAGUGGUUAGAGUAUGGUUCUGUAAUCGAAGGCAGAAAGAAAAACGCAUGACAGCAACUGUUGGGAGUAACAACGAAGAUGAGGAGGUUAUGCACCCAUCUGUAGUAACCGUAGCAUCCAUGCAAGCAGUCAGCCAGUAGUGAGGAACAAUAUUUUGAGGUUAAUCUCUAAAGACUCUAGAGUCAAACGACACUAUGAACGAAGUGUUUUCUACUAAAGUAUCGAGCUGAAUCUAUCUCCUCUACAGUAAAACACGAACGAGAGGAACUAAUGUGUGAAUUCAAUUUUCACCAAAGACUUCCAACUAUAAACGAUGUAAACAGACGAACAAAUUUAGCCACUUACUAGAGUAAUUGUUUUCCUCGAAUCAUGCUAAAUAAUUCCUAAGAGAACAAUGCGACCGUAAGAAGACAUAAGAGAAUGACUGCUCUUGAUGUGUGGAAUUGUAAAUAGCAUCCUUGUGUAUCUUCAUUUACCUGUAAAUUUUUGUUAAGUUUAAAUGUGGUAGUUCAAAUGGCAUACAGUACCAGAUAAGUUAUAAUUCCAUAAGACAUGAUAAUCGAACCAUGUUUUUUUUCUUCUUUCGAGUCAGAUGGUAGUACUCUGGAUUUUAAAGAAAGGCAUCAAAACUCCUGCAGAUCUGAGACCAACCCUACACUCAGUUCAGUUCUAUGUAUACUAAGCUUUAUUUCUGAAUGAUAACAGUGCAAUCAGUGUUCCUAAUAUCAUAUACAUAAGAAUCGUACUUUUCUAUAUAAAUGAGGUUGUAAUUCCUCAAACGUUCACGUCCAACUUAUUAAAGUUUUUAUGUAGAAUAAGAAGUUCUGCUCUGUUGUAUGCUGUUUUGCCUAUCAUCGAAGCCACUUUGAUGUCCAACUUAGACCUGUUCCUUUACAUGUCUUUCGUACAAAACUAUUUAUGUUUUUCAUCCAUGUGUGUAUAAAGUUCAAGUAAUAAACUAUGUAGUACUAUGA